GUGAGGGACAGACCCGGAGUGAGGGAGAAGGAGAAUCCCGGAGUGAGGGACAGACCCGGAGUGAGGGACAGACCCGGAGUGAGGGACAGACCCGGAGUGAGGGAGAAUCCGGGGUGAGGACAGACCCGGAGUGAGGGACAGACCCGGAGUGAGGGACAGACCCGGAGUGAGGGAGAAGGAGAAUCCCGGAGUGAGGGACAGACCCGGAGUGAGGGACAGACCCGGAGUGAGGGAGAAUCCCGGAGUGAGGGACAGACCCGGAGUGAAGGACAGACCCGGAGUGAGGGACAGACCCGGAGUGAGGGAGAAUCCGGAGUGAGGGACAGACCCGGAGUGAGGGACAGACCCGGAGUGAGGAUCAUACCCGGAGUGAGGGACCCGCUUCGCGCAGUCGGGAUUCGGGAUGGAUUCGGAUUCGGCCCCCGGGAGCCGGAGCCUCUGAACCGGAGCCGGGAUUUUGGGGUUUGUGGAGCGGGAGCGGAUUCGGAUCCGGAUCCGAUGUGUCCGGUUUGAGAGGCCGGAGCCGAGUCCGAGUGUCCGAGAGCAAGAUGGACGCGGGGGGGAUGGAGAAGGAUUGCAGCGCCCUGGGGGGGCUUUUCCAGAGCAUCAUGAGCGACAUGAAGGGUGGUUACCCAGUCUGGGAGGAUUUCAUCUCCAAAACUACAAAGUUGCAGUCACACUUAAGGACGACCAUUGUAAUCGCAGGAUCCUUUCUCGAUGCUUUUCAGAAAGUAGCUGACCUGGCAACUAACACACGAGGUGCUACGAAGGAGAUUGGUUCAGCUCUGACCAGGAUGUGUAUGAGGCAUCGCAGUAUCGAGUCAAGGCUGAAGCAGCUCACUGUCGCUCUGACUGACAGUUUGAUAAACCCUCUCGAGGGGCGGAUUGAGGAGUGGAAGAAAAUUGCUAACCAACUGGACAAAGACCAUGCCAAAGACUACAAGAAAGUUCGGCAGGAGAUUAAGAAGAAAUCAUCUGACACGCUGAAACUGCAGAAGAAAGUGAAGAAAGGGAAGGAGGAUGUGAGGCUACAGUUGGACACAGCUUUACAGGACGUCAACGACAAGUAUGUCCUGCUGGAGGAGACUGAGAAACAGGCCGUGUGUCGGGCUCUGAUUGAGGAACGCAGUCGGUUCUGCACGUUUGUUACUCUCCUGAGACCUGUGCUGGGCGAGGAGAUCGGAAUGCUCGGAGAGGUUACACACUUGCAAACUAUUCUAGAAGACCUGACAAACCUGACUGCUGACCCCCAGAAACUACCUCCUGCUAGUGAACAGGUGAUCUUGGAUUUGAAGGUGGCAGAUGAUUAUAACUACACCUAUCACACUCCCCCCUCGUCUCCCAGCAGCUCCCACUCUCGGAGAGGGACUAUGAGCAGCAUGUGCCAGUACCCACAAUCUUCAGGAAGACACCCCGGUAUUCCCAACUUCGAAUCUGCUUCUCCGUCAAUGGAAACGCUUCAUAUACAAACCCCAUCUGUGUCAACAGCUGAUGGCACCAGCCAGGACUGGGCAAAAUUGGCACCGAUGGACCAGCUGCAGACCAGUGCCCUCCAGCCGAAGGAAGCAUUUUCUUAUCAAAUGAUUGGAGCAAAUGGACCCCAAGCACCAAUGGAAGCCAGUGUGUAUGCACAGGCCACAGACAGACCACAAUCCACAGCAGCAACUGCUGCUUGCAAGCCACAGGUCGGAGAGAUGAGUGCUCGAGAACAUCUUGCCUUAACCCUAAGUCAGGGGAUGAAUCUGGACGCUCAAAGGAGCAGCCGGGAUUCUCUGCAUUGUUCCAGUGGUUACAGCACCCAGACCACCACACCUUCAUGUUCAGAGGACACCAUCCCCUCUCAGGCAGCAAAGAAGGAACCGUCCCUCAUUGUGCCUGAUUAUGAUUACAUUUCCCUGCAUGGAGAGCAAGAGCUGCCUGAUCAGAUUGAUUUUGAUAAAUCCUCCACCAUUCCAAGGAAUAGUGACAUCGGCCUGAAUUACAGGAAAAUGUUCCAGGCUAAGCGGCCGGCCUCCACAGUCAGCCUCUUGGUUGACCCUGAGCCCAUGAUGACGUCUCACGUUGCUACGAUUCGAAGGAAGCCUUCCAGCAAACCGACAUUCCGGCGUGGCACCAUCAGCGGUGUUCCCAUUCCCAUCCGGACUCCCAUGGUGCCGAUUCCAGGGCCACCCGUGUCCAGUAAGCCAAUGGGCCUGGCAGUCUCUCGGACAGGCAGCGAGGAGUGUGUUAGUCUGCAGGGAGGGCGUUCCAGUUUCGUGCAAAAGAAGCAAGGAAUUUGUAGCUCAACCCAAAGUUUGAGUAUGGCCCAGAGCUCCGGAUACUCGCUGGUGCCAGAGAAACCGUUUCUGGUCAACAGCCUGCAGCGCUCAGCUCCCAACCUCCAGAAUGCCCGAGAGUUAAAACCUGCGACAAACACUACAGGAAAUGGACUGACUCCUCAAGCGGGCACUGCUGAGGGUUCCCAAAGGACUGGAGGGGUUGACAAUGUUGCUGCUACCCCCUCGCCAACCGAGGGAGGUGAUGAUGUUUUGUCCAUGAUUCGCAGGGGGGUCAAACUGAGAAAGACUUUGACCAAUGACCGAUCAGCCCCCAGGAUCAUUUAAAACAGACAGACAGUGAGACAGACGCAGUUUCAAGAUCCACCAUUUUGUCCCCUCUUUCUCUUUCUUUGCCUCUUGUUCUAAAACUGGUAACAGUUCUUUCACCCCCCUCAUUCUCAGAUUAAACUGUUGAUGCACAAAAUAUCAUCAAGAACCUGUCACAUCCCAGCUCACCCGAUGACUCAGAAAUCUUCAGUCUGCUCCUUUAACAGGUCACAGGGUGGGAGACUGGGUCUUGUGGACCAGGGGUGGGGGGACUGAUGUUUGCGACUGCAUCACACAGACCAGCAGAUGAUGAGGUGUGUCCCCUGCUGAAUCAGCCUUUUGUGGCAUGGGCUAAAAUUGGCCUCAACAUCCCAGGUUAGAGAUGGAAAACCAGCUCUGGCCCCUGCUCCGGAUUGCUGACUAUUGAUCCCCAAAACAGGGAUGUGUGGAUAUUGGGCGAGGGCAAGAUCAGGGCUGUGAUAUCUCCCUCCAUUGAGCAACCAGGCAAACACAACCCCGUCUGCUCACUAUUUGAAGAUGGCCAUUUGGGGAAAGUGACAGAGCUUCCAUGGGCCUUACCCCAGCCAGCACCUUCAGCAGAGAAUGGGAAGAAAUCAGGGUGGGGUGGGGAAAGGGAGUGUCACACCCCAUGCACCACCCCCUCC